AUGAGGCGCUCGGCAGCACCCAGCCAGCUCUUUGGUAAUGCAGGGAAAAAGCCUCGGUUUAUGCCUCCUGGGGCCUCUACCUCAUGUCCUGCCGCUGGAUCCAAGCCCCUGGCCCCUAAACUUGGAUUGGGCAAUGCACUGGAAAAGGUCCAGAGAAGUCUAUCAACACCAGUUCCGACUAAGACCAGGUGUGAUGUUCAGCCCAAAGCUGCACCGGCUGCUCCGGCCUUGUCCAGGGCUCUGGCUCUCGUUCUCAGUGCGACGGAGAGCAAGGAAAAUGACGACAACGCGGAAUAUCCUGACAACGGCAGCGCAGACUAUGCAGAAGACAAGAGAACAGCAGGGGUGAGUGGUUCUCCUCAGUUGAGUCCUGGCUCUCCUCAAACCCCGCGGCCCCCUGGAGGGUCCGACUCUGCCUGCAGUCAGGAUGGAGCGCGUUACUUCAGUGUGAUGUGGUGUAAGGCCAGUAAGAAGAAACAUAAGCGCUGGGAGGGGGAUGCAGUCCUGGUGACGAGAGGACGCUCAGUCACUCUUAAAGACAUGGAAGGAAAAGACAUCGGGAAAGGUACUGGCUACAAGGUGUCGGAGUUGGCCGCUCUUUCUGAUGGAGAGACCCUGAUGGUUGGUGGGAAGGAGGUGGAGGUGAUGGGCAUCAUUUCUGCCGAGGCCUUUUCCAAGGGACGCUGUUUCCAAGAGGUCCAAAUAGAGAGCGAGGAGCCACAAACAGCGUCGGCUCCUCCCCCUCCGCGUCGCUUUGCAGCCAAACCUUUCUGCCCUCCGACCCUGGCAGGAAGAGCCGAGCCUCCAGGAACUAGACCAGAGCAAACGUCGAGACCUCGCCAUGACGCCCAAGCUCCAGGUGCACUGGUGAUGCCUCGUCCCUCCCCCAACCACCAGUGGUCUAAUAACAAGUCAGGACUUCCCGUAGUGGAUGUUGUGCUUGACCCACACCUGACCACUCACCUGAGACCUCACCAGAGAGACGGCCUGCUCUUCCUCUACGAGUGUGUCAUGGGAAUGAGAGCAGUGGGUCGCUGCGGUGCCAUCCUGGCCGAUGAGAUGGGACUGGGGAAGACCCUCCAGAGCGUGGCACUGUCCUGGACACUGCUGAAGCAGGGGCCGUAUGGAGCGAAGCCAGUUGCUAAGCGUGUCCUUGUGGUUACACCUGGCAGCCUCGUGCAGAACUGGGGUGCGGAGUUUAACAAGUGGCUGGGCCGCGAGAGGAUCAGUGUUUUCACAGUGGAUCAGGACCACAGGAUAGAGCACUUUGUGCUGUCUCCUCUGCACAGCGUCCUGGUGAUCAGCUACGAGAUGCUGCUGCGCUGCCAGGAGCAGGUACAAAAAGUGGAGUUUGGUCUUGUUAUUUGUGACGAGGGUCACAGAUUAAAGAACAGCUCAAUCAAAACGUCCUCUGCUCUCAGUAGCCUCAGCUGUAGUCGCAGGGUCAUACUUACAGGCACUCCAGUACAGAACGACCUGCAGGAGUUUUAUGCUCUUAUAGAGUUUGUAAACCCAGGGAUUCUCGGGUCAUCCACGGGUUACAGGAAAGUGUAUGAGGAGCCAAUUCUGCGCUCCAGACAACCCUCCUGCACGGAGGAGGAGCGAGUUUUGGGUGAAGAUCGAGCAGCUGAGCUGUCUCGCUUGACCGGCACGUUCAUCCUGAGACGGACGCAAGAGAUCAUCAAUAGGUACCUGCCCCCCCGCCUCGACUGGACGCUGUUCUGUGAGCCAUCCCCUCUGCAGCUGGAGCUUUACAGGCAUCUCCUGUGCCAUCGGGUCUUCAGAGCCUGUCUUCAGGGCUCCACGCAAACUCACACCCACCUGGCCUGCAUCACUGCACUGAAGAAGCUGUGUAACCACCCCAGCCUGCUCUACUCCACCGUCAAGAAGAAAGCUGACCACGGAUCAGAGGAGAGUUCAGUUUAUGACGGAUUGGUAGAUCUCUUCCCAGAAUCCUACUCGUCAGGAGGUUUGAACACGACCCAUUCAGGAAAACUCCUUGUUCUGUCGGACCUGUUGGCUGCCAUCAGACAGCUCAGCACUUCAGACAGCGUGGUCGUAGUGUCCAACUACACUCAAACGCUUGACCUGCUCCAGGACUUUUGUGUGCACAUGGACUACACCUUCUGCCGACUAGACGGACACACACCUACCAACAAGAGACAGCGACUGGUCGACACUUUCAACAGCUCCUAUUCUCAGAACUUUGUGUUUCUGCUGAGCUCCAAAGCAGGAGGUGUGGGACUUAAUCUGAUCGGUGCUUCCCAUCUGGUGCUCUAUGAUAUUGACUGGAACCCUGCCAACGAUAUGCAGGCCAUGGCUCGAGUUUGGCGAGAUGGACAGAAGAAGACUGUGCACAUCUAUCGUCUCCUCACUGCAGGAACUAUUGAGGAGCGUAUAUUCCAGAGACAGGUCUCCAAACAGGGGCUCUCUGGGACUGUGGUGGACCUGGGUAAAGGCGCUGACCACACCAGCUUCUCCACCAAUGAACUGCGAGAUCUUUUCAGCCUGACGGACACGCCGUCUCUAACUCACGACCUGCUGAACUGCAGCUGCAGCAUGGACGGAUCAGUCCAGGCCGUAGAGGAAGAGGACCCGGUCUCUGACAGGCGCUGCCAGCUCGGUCGUCUAGGUGACCGUGGAGGGGGGGUGGCGCCGCCGAAGCAUCUCAGCAUGUCCGAGCUGAUGCAGUGGAGACACUUCUCUGGUGACACGCCCACCUUCGCAGACCCCUACCUCGACCAUGCACGGAAACACAUCACAUUCGCCUUCCAGACAACAAUCUCCCACACAGUCCAGUGAAUACACUUCAGAUAAAGAUGAAUC